AUGGACAAAGUUAAUUCUCCGCAGGUUGUCGACCUGGAUGCUCUCGUCGUUGGUGCUGGUUUUGGUGGCGUGUAUCAGUUGAAGAAACUACGCGACUUGGGCUACGACGUCAAACUGGUUGAGAGUGGCGACGAUUUCGGCGGCUUCUCGGAUCCAAAGCUCUGGAAGGAAUGGACUUGGAAACAACGCUUCCCAGGUUCUGCAGAACUGCGUGCAUACUUCCAAUUUGUCGCCGAUAUAUGGGAUGUACGCGACCAUUGCGUCUUCAAUAGCUAUGUCAACUCUGCUGUAUGGGACGAAGAGUGUUCGAAAUGGAUUGCUAGAAUUAGAGACGGAACGACUUAUCGGGCAACCUUCUUCCUGCCCAACACCGGGUUCGCGGCCAAGAGAUACAUCCCUGACUGGAAUGGUAUUGAAAGCUUCAAAGGUACUUGGAUCCAUCCUAGCUUCUGGCCAGCGCAAGGUAUCGACCUCAAGGGUAAGAAAAUUGCUGUCAUCGGGACCGGAUCGACAGGUGUGCAGCUCAGUCAAGAACUAGCUGCGGGUAAGGCUUGUUCACGCGACAAAGCCUACAGCAACAAACUGACUAUGAGCUAG